UUCUCAUUUUCUUAUGCAAACAGAUCCAUCUUGUAGCGAUCUUGCUCGAAAAUGGCGGAAACCAAGGAGCUUGAGAGGGCGGCGACGACGAUAGGGACGGUGCCAGGCCCGUACCAGCCCGAGUACCUGGUGUGUCAGCGGAUGGGCCAUAUGAUUUCUUCACAGGGCAUCUGGUUCUCCGACCCGUUCGACUCUGCCUUUCCCGUCCUCAUGUUCCAGAUCAUCUUGAUCAUCUUCACCACCCGGAUCAUCCUUUUCUUCCUCAAACCUCUUCGCAUGAAUCUCUUAUUGGGUUACAUUCUGGCAGGCAUAAUUAUGGGUCCGGCCGUUUUAGGUCGCAACAAGGCGUACUUUGCCAAGGUGUUCCCGCCAGGCAGCAUAGUUGUCCUGAUGACAUUAGCAGAUGUAGGGUUCAUGAUCCACCUCUUCACCCUGGGCUCACAAAUCAGCACCGACAUGAUAACCAAGACCGGGAAGAGUGCUGCCUUCAUCGGGUCCAUGUGCUUCCUCUUGCCUUAUGCCUUAGGCUUCCUCACCUUCUCCAUGCUCAACAGCUUCGGCAACUUGGAUGCCACCCUGAAGCAGUCCAUGCCUUUCAUCAUCGUCGUCAACUCGAUCUCCACCUUCCCCGUCAUCACCUCGCUCCUGGCCGACCUGCGGAUCUUGAACUCGGAGGUCGGCCGGAUGGCCACGCAUGCGUCGCUGGUGAGCGACAUGUGGUCGUGGAGCAUGUCGUUGAUGAUCAAUACCAUCAACUUGGCCUUCAAGAGCUCCAAGAUGGAUUCCGUGUGGUCAGUGGUUUUCACGGUCGCGUUCGUCGUGGUCAUCGCCUUCAUCGUCCGCCCCUUGUUGAGGUGGUCAAACAAAUUUGCAAAGGAAGGGGAAGAGGAGGAGGUGCAAUUCUACGGGUUAAUGAUUAUCCUGUUGUGUUGUGGGCUAUUGUCGGAGAUUCUCGGCCAACACUCGGGCUUCGGGGCCUUUUUGAUGGGCUUGGCAAUUCCGGACAGGCCGCCCCUGGGGGAAACCUUGGUGCAGAAGCUGGAGACCAUCUCCAGCGUGCUGCUGGUGCCAGCUUUCAUGGCAACGAGCGGGUUGCGAGUGCAUUUAGGAGACAAGGGUGGAACAUGGUCGGUUUUCACGGAGCUUAUCAUAUUGAUGGGUUACGUCGGCAAGUUCUGCGGGACACUCUUGUCUGCCAUCUUCUGCGGCAUGCCAUUCUGGGAUGCAAUCCCUCUGAGCCUCAUCAUGUGCUGCAAAGGCAUCAUCGAGAUCGCCAUUUACGUCGUGUGGUACGAUAGGAAGAUCGUACCUGCUCAGGUUUACACUCAACUACUCCUCACUAUGCUAAUUGCGACUACAUUGGCAAGACCCAUCAUUGCCUACCUGUAUGAUCCAUCCAGGAGAUAUUUGGUCCAGGGAAGAAAAACCCUGCAAGAAUGGAAGGAAGGGGUCAAGAUGCAAUUCCUAGUGUGUCUCCACGAUGAAGAUCAUGUCCCCACCAUCAUGAACCUCCUCGAAGCCUCCCACCCCACUCCCCACAGCCCUAUCGCCGUCUUCGUCUUGCACCUGCAAGAGCUCCAGGGCCGCUCCACCUCCGUGCUCGUUCCCCAUCACCACCUCCACAAGGCCGCCUCCAAGGCGACCAGCUACGACCACAUCGUCAACGUGUUCCAGUACUACGAGGAGCACAACUGCGGGAGCGUCGUGGUGCAGCACUUCACUGCCAUCUCGCCCUACACGAGCAUGCACAACGACAUCUGCACGCUCGCCUCAGACAAGAGGACCAACCUUGUCAUAGUGCCCUUCCACAAGAUGUGGGCCAUCGACGGGUCCAUGGGGUCAACCAAGCACGCAAUCCGGAAAAUGAACAAGAACGUGAUGAACAAGGCGCCUUGCUCCGUCGGAAUCCUCAUCGACCGGGGUCCCUUGACAAGCAGCCAGCACAUGCUGAUGAAUGAGUCGGCGCCGUAUCAGAUAGUAUUGCUCUUCUUGGGUGGUGCGGACGAUCGUGAGGCACUCGCUUAUUGUAUGCGCAUGGUCGAGCAUCCGAAGGUUGACCUAACAAUAGCCCGGGUAAAGAACGACAAGUACCUGAAUGAAGAGGAAAGCGGUCUUGAUCAAGAACUGAUAGAUGAUUUCCGGGCUAUUGUAGGCAAGAGAAAAGUCAAGUACGUAGAGGAGACGGCGAUGGAUGGGGUGGGGACUACGCAGGUGAUCUGCUCGUUCGAGGACGCGAUCGACAUGUUGAUCGUGGGCAAGCAUCAUGAUCCCUCGUCUCCUCUUAUCUCGGGUUUGACCGAGUGGAAUGAGUACCCGGAAUUGGGGGUCAUCGGCGGCAUGCUAGCGACUUCUGAUUUCCAGUUCUCCGUCUUAGUAGUGCAGCGGGAGCCCGUGGGGUCUGAACCGUUCAACCUGUCUUCGGAGAUGAGCAGAUCUCAGAGUCUCAGCCGCUCCUCACCGUAGUUCACUACGGGCACGGAAAGUGAACACAGAGACCGGACCAAAGUUACAUGAGCAUCCUGCCGGAUGAACACGACUAAACUAUAUCGUGUGCGGUGGGAUCGACAAGGAGCGGCCUUGCAGUUGCUCCAAUGGCAUUGUAGAUUGAAGGUCAAGCUAAAUGCCUCAGACAAUGCUGAAUUCCCUAGCAUGUUGUUAAGAUGUCGAUACCCAUCUCUGAAAGGGUCUCAUUCCUAAGAUUGUCAGAUGAUGUAUAACCUUGUAUAUUACAGCUAAUGUCAUCAGGACAUUUCUCGAGGAGUCCUGAAGAUCCUUUGAUCCUUUCUUUAGCA